GACACUAUCAACCACUUUGAUGUCAAACACACAGAAAAUUACAUAACUGUCAAAAUGCAUUAACUUUUUUAAAUGCACAUUGUAAAUAGUUAACAAGUAUUAACAAUUUGUUUAAUUACCGAUUAUUUGAAAUAUUAAAAUCCUCAUAAGUUUAAACAUAUUUUAAUUAUGAAUGCCUUAUUAUUCCAUAACUGCAACUUAAGAAACUUUGGAAGAUUAAAAUCAGUGCUGAGCCCCUAUAGAACUAAAAAUUCAAAUCUAUUGCAUUUCAAGAGACAUUGUACAAAUACCAGUACAAAUUCAUCUAAAUGUUUGGACUCCACAAAAGGUGCUUCAUUAAUCCAAAAAAUUGGCAUUGGACUAUCAAUAUCUGGAGGCCUCUUUAGUUUUUCGUUAUACAAUAAUAAUGUAGUUCUGUGCAAAUCAAGAAUUAGUCAAAAUAGAUUGGCAGGUUACAGGACUAUGAGUGAUAAAGAUGCCAAAUUUGACUGGCAAAAGUUUUGGUCCUAUUUGGAGCCACAUACAUGGUAUUUACUUGCUGCGAUUCUCGGAACCCUUAUAGUGGCAAUUUUAAAUAUUCAAAUUCCUAGAAUGAUGGGUGAAGUUAUCAAUGUGGUAGCAAAGUAUUCUAAUGAUUUAGCUGGUCAUAAUAAAUUCUUUCAAGAUAUGAAAAUACCUGCUUUUAAAUUAAUUAUAAUGUAUAUUGCUCAGUCUACAUUCACAUUCUUUUAUAUAUUCAUGCUCUCCAAAAUUGGUGAAAAUGUUGCAUUGAAAAUGAGGACUGAUUUAUUUAAUUCAAUUUUAAAACAAGAUAUUGCAUUCUUUGAUGAGCAAAGAACAGGAGAAUUAGUUAAUAGACUAACAGCUGAUAUUCAGGAUUUUAAAAGUAGUUUUAAACAAAUUAUUUCUGGAGGAUUAAGGGCAGUGACUCAAAUACUGGGCUGUGCUGCUUCAUUAAUUAUCAUUUCUCCUCAUAUGACAUUCAUUACUUUGCUUUGUGUACCAUCGGUUAUUGCUGCAGGAACCUUUAUUGGAUCAAAGUUAAGAAAUACUUCAAGAACAGCACAAAAUCAGAUAGAAAAAGCAACUGCAAUUGCUGAUGAAGCAAUUAGUAAUAUUCGUACAGUGAGGGCAUUUGCUAUGGAAGACCAGGAAAAUGAAUUAUUCAGAAAAGAAGCAGAAACUGCAAUGGUCUAUAAUGAACAGCUCGGUUUUGGUAUUGGUCUCUUUCAAGCCGGCACAAACCUUUUUUUAAAUGGUAUGGUUUUAUCAACCCUUUAUAUGGGUGGUUAUUUGUUAUCAACAAAUCAAUUAAGUGCUGGAGACCUGAUGGCUUAUUUAAUGGCAACUCAAACAAUUCAACGCUCUCUUGCACAAAUUUCCCUUUUGUUUGGAUCGGUUAUUAGAGGAUUAUCGGCAGGUAGUCGAGUUUUUCAGUAUAUCAAUUUGGAACCAAAUAUGCGUCUUCGCGGAGGCGUUGUUUUGCCAACUGAGGAAAUAAAGGGAGAAAUACAAUUUAAAAAUGUUACAUUUUCAUAUCCAACGCGUCCCGAUCAGAAAAUUCUUCACAAAUUCAAUCUUAUGAUAUCGUCUGGGAAAACAGUGGCCAUUGUAGGUUCUUCUGGUAAUGGGAAAUCUACAAUUGUUGCACUUUUAGAAAGAUUUUAUGACACUGAUGGAGGUAUCAUUACCUUAGAUGGACAUGACUUAAAAUCUCUCGAUCCUUCUUGGUUAAGAGGUAAUGUAUUAGGAUUAAUAAGUCAAGAACCUGUUCUUUUUGGGACUACAAUAUUAGAAAAUAUUCGCUAUGGAAAACCGGAUGCUUCAGAUGAGCAAGUUGAAGAAGCUGCAAAACUAGCGAACGCUCACAACUUCAUUAAAGGAUUUCCAGACGCUUAUAACACUAUUGUUGGUGAAAGAGGCAUCGCUUUAUCGGGAGGUCAGAAACAAAGAGUUGCAAUUGCUCGAGCUCUCUUGAAAAAUCCGUCGGUUCUUUUACUUGAUGAAGCAACCAGUGCAUUAGAUACUGAAUCAGAAAAAGUAGUGCAAACUGCUUUAGAACAAGCUGCCAAAGGAAGAACAGUACUUGUUAUAGCACAUCGCUUAUCCACUAUUCAAAAUGCAGAUAUAAUAGUAGUUUUACACAAAGGUCGAAUUGUAGAGAUGGGAACUCAUGAAGAAUUGAAGAAUUUGAAAGGAUACUACUGGGCAUUGAACUUCCAACAGCAUGAAGACCCUCCUGCUGGUUGAUAAUAUUUCUUUAUGGGUACUGUACCUGUUAAUUAAAUAAUUGAAUAAAAUUGACGAAGUAUCUUAUUAGACCUAACAGAAUUAUGUUUGCCAUGCAUCACAAAAUUAUAAUACCUAUAUUGUAUACGCAUAUAUAAUAAUAAAACUUUAAAAAUAA